CCUUGUCAAGCAGCGUGUUCAAGAGAUGAUGGCCAUUGGCCACGAAGGAAGUAAGACUGAAACCUUAGCUACGGAGUUCCAUCUGUUCGAGCCACGUGUCGUUAAGUGGUUGGCCUGUGACACCGCCUAACAACAAAAAGAACAAUAGAAAUAACCUCAGCUCCACCACCUUCACCGUCAGAAGAAACAGGAAAUUUAACGAUGAGAAACUUUUUCCGAUUAGCAGCACGGGCACGACAUCCCCUCCGAACGCCCAAAUCCGCGGCGGAGAACAGUGUCGUUUCCAUCAUCCACCCCGUGCGCACAACGGCGUCGUUUCACCGCCACUACCACAAUGCCUUUUAUUCCUCCGCCUCUCCACUACCAUCACUCAAAUCUUCCCCCUUCUUGGGAUUCGGAGGGCAAAGGAGGAACAUGUUCAUCCAAACGCAGCCUACACCGAAUCCUUCGUCUCUGAUGUUCUAUGCCGGGAAGCCGGUCAUGGAAGUUGGAAGCGCCGACUUCCCAAACGCGCGUUCGGCUAUGAAUUCGCCUCUCGCUAAAUCAAUCUUUGGAAUUGAUGGGAUUACUAGGGUUUUCUUCGGGUCUGAUUUUGUUACCGUGACGAAAUCUGAUGAUUCUUCUUGGGAGUUGUUGAAGCCUGAGAUAUUUGCGGCCAUUAUGGAUUUCUACUCCUCUGGUCAGCCGUUGUUUUUGGACUCUAAAGCUGCUGCAGCCAUGGAUACAGCUAUUCAAGAGGAUGAUUCCGAAACUGUUGCAAUGAUCAAGGAAUUGUUGGAGACUCGUAUUCGGCCGGCUGUUCAAGAUGAUGGUGGAGACAUUGAAUAUCGAGGAUUUGAUCCGGAUACUGGAAUAGUAAAACUUAAGAUGCAAGGAGCAUGUAGUGGGUGCCCAAGCUCUUCGGUGACUUUGAAAUCCGGCAUUGAAAAUAUGUUGAUGCAUUAUGUACCUGAGGUCAAAGGAGUUGAACAAGAACUGGAUGCUGAAGAUGAAGCAGAAGCAUUAAGUGGACAAAUGGAAUAGUAGAACUUGUUCCACAUUUACACUUUGUUUGGAUAUAGAAAAAGAAAAUGGAAGGAAAGAAAAUAGGAGAAGAGAAAAUGGAAGGAAGAGUAGAUUUCUUUGUGUGUUGUUUGGAUGAAGAAAAAAUAAUGGAAAGAAAAUAGAUAGAAUUUUUUUUUUUGUUUGGAUACUUUGUAGAGUUGCAUGAAUUACCCUAUCCCUUAAUAGGAUAAUUGCUGGCCUUCACUUUAGAUUGCUGGCGAUUUACAAAAUCACACAAAUGCCUAGGUAUUGUGGUAUUAGUCCACAUCUACUUUAUGCCUGACUGAUGUCUAAGACGCUUGUAUUAAUUGCAUAACAGGGGUCACUCGUGUAAUGUAAUAAAAUCCCUUGAUUCAUAGUAAUUAAUGACCAUUGAAUAUGGAAAGUUGUCUCUUAAA